UGGGUCUAUAUUGUUGUAUAUUUUCACAAAAUGUUUUCUUUAAUUUAUUUGCCCUCUUAUACUUGUCUGUCUUUGUGUUCCUCUGUGUCUGCUAUGAGGGGUUUGGUCCUCCAGCUCCGCCCUACUUUCUUCUUCUUUUGUUCAGGGUCCUCCAGCACCAUUAUAAAUGUUAAGUUGUUCAUUUCCUCUUCCCUUUUGUUAAUCGUUCCACUGGGAAGAGGCAAGUUUUAUAAUCUAUUGUAAUCCUUUCAUUUAUAUUGUCCAAAUGUUUAUUUUUUUUCUUCUGUAUUAAUGUUAGGUUAAUAUUUUCAUUCGAGUUGCUAUUAUGCAUUUAUAAGAUUUGAUGCAUGCUAACAUUAUGAUUUUGUAUAGAUCGGGUUGGAGAACUGGAGCACAUGCUACGUGCUAAUGCUAAUAUCUCCCGAUUGACAGGCUGAAUAAACGGAGUCCGCCUCCAAACCCAGACUCGGUGUUUUUAUGGUUUGUCCUAUAAACACACAACGCAGAAGUCCACCGGUCACACUUGGUGCCGUUCGACCCGAGACAUCUCUGAUCGAGUCCGCAGUCAGCGAACCCCAGUCCAGCGGAGCUGUGACGAUCUCUGGCUGUCUCGUGAUCCCGAGCUGCGCCACUAGAGCCGCUUUGCCCUGAGUGCGGUCUUUCAGGUUUCAUAUUACUAUAUAUAUAUUUUUUUUUUUGCGCUAGACGCUCAACACCGACAACAACAAAAUAAGUUUCCCAUUAAAAGCUGUGUUUUUUUGUUUUUUUUUCUGUAUUUGCUCUGGGUGUGUGAUUAUUUUUUUUCUAUAUAUAUAUUUUUAAGUCAUUUUUCUUUUAAUUGUUUGCUUUGUUGCAAUUCACAGACAUGUCUCAUGCAAAUCUGCCGGACCUUGAAUAUGUAGGCAGUGGUGUCAGUUUUGGUUCAGCAAACAAUCCACAUAAUGCUUCACCGUGUUUUGGGAGGGGUAGGCCUGUGGUGCCUGGUCACAAUGAAUGCACAGUUGACCAGUCUGUGAUAAAUCCACAGUUUGUGCCUGUUGCAAACUCCACGCCAGUUCCUUUUGUUAAUUCACAGCCUACACAUGUUUCACAUGAGGCACUCAGUGGUUUAAUAUCUGACCUGGCAAAACAAAUUGGAGAUAAUAUUACAGCUAAAAUGUGCACCGUGCAACAGGCCAGCCACUCCCAGGAGUACCCUGCUAAUAAUGCAUCUCCUACUCUACCGGAGUCUCCCCAUGUGAAGGUUGUGGUGCAGUCUGAAGCCAAAGCCCCUCCAUUCUUCAGGGGUGACAGUAGUGACACAUUUUCCAUCCAAGAAUGGGAAGAUCUGAUGAGGUGUUACCUGUCUCGGGCUAACUGUGGGACGCCUGAAGAACAAUAUGGGCUGCUAAUGUCAAGGUUAACAGGCAAAGCCCGUGAUGUGGUGAAGGUCUCUCUACGGUGCCGUCCUGAACUGUGUGGUGCUGGGUUAAUUAAUGCUGUUUUUAAUGUAUUAAAGCACCAUUUCAGUGAACUUACAUGUUCCAACCUGCCAAUGAGAGACUUUUAUGGUACUGUUCCCAGGACUGGGGAGGAUGCUAUGGACUAUUGGAUCCGUCUUAAUAAGACCAUUGAUGCUGUGGAUGAGUGUCUCCACAGGCGUGGUAAAUGUGUGGAGGACCCUCAUGCAGAGGUUGUGAUGAUGUUUAUCAGUCACUGCCCUGACCCCACCCUUUCCUUGUCAUUUCAAAUGAAGCCAGCAGAACAGUGGACAGUAGCUGAGGUCCAGCAACGCCUGGAUGGUCGUGUGAGAACAGUCAAGAGCAUAGUGGCAAAUACACAGGCUGUUGACGGUGCCGAUACGUUGCAUGACCCUGUGGCAAGCCCGCAACCCACUGGGGCGUGCAGUGUUGCCACUAUUGAACCUGUUUCUCAACAGAUGGUGACCAUGUUUGACAGGGUCCUCUCUCUGUGUAAUGCGUCUCUGGCUACUGGUCACCAGAGAGCGGGCCGAUCUCAGGUUCCCCGGCGAACACAGCCCCUAGCCUGUCGAGUUUGUGGGUCCAGUGAACACUCCACACAUUCACACUGCAGACUAUACAGGUUAUGUCUUAACUGUUUUGAGCCAGGACAUGUGAAACGUGACUGCAGGCAGGAAGUGGGACAGAGAUCCUCAAAUGCUGCUUCGCAUGUUGAUUUAAACUGACUGGCCUGUGUGAUGAGAGGGGCAACAUGGGCAUUGUACACAACACCCUCACUGAUUCUGUUAAUCCACACUCAGAGUAUGUUGACUGCUGUGAAAGCUUCCCCAACGAGAAAACAAUAAUUUUGGUUGGGUCCCAAAGAGUUGAGGAAGCAAGUGAGUUGUUUUAUGCCCCUGUGUCUAUUGGUGGCCAGACGUCACUGAGAGGGAUGCUGGACUCGGGCAGCAUGUCAUGUACACUUA